CUUGUCGGUCUCUGACAAACUCAGAAUGUCGCAGUCAAAAUGCUCAUAAUCCUCCUAAAACAGUCACUUUUUAGUUUUUUGUUGCUUUAUUCCAUUUAUCUGUACACUCUUGCUGUGUUGAAGAAUUUCCAUCAAUUUUACAAAGUGCACAGUGAAUUCGUGCAAUUCACCGGCAAGUAGCAUGGACCAGCAAGAUGAUUUAGAAGUGGAAUUCAGGAAAAUUCUCUGUGUUAUUCGCCAGCACAUUCCACACAUCAGUUCGACCCGAUAUCUGUUACAAUGCAGAUUUUGGCUGGAGAAACUCAGCGCUUCCAACCAGGACAAAGUCCUGAGGAAUUUUUAUUUGGCUGAACUGUGCCGACAAAUUCAAGCCAAUAAGCUUUUACCGCCUUUCAAUGAAGCACCACCCAAUGGGAAAUUGACUGAGUUGUGCCAAGAGGCCCAAACUUUUCAUAAUCCCGCAUCUGAACAGCGAAAGCAAACACAAUCAUUUGAAGAUAAGGUGAAGGGUUGGAAAAUUGAAGAACAUUUUGAAUCAGAUCAAGAAUUACUCAGAAUAAACGCUGAGAGCACAGUGGGAAACAAGCGCACAGAUUUGUGCUGUGGAGAGCCGGUUGAUCUUAGAGAAGCAGAUCUUGUUGCUACCGCUUCAAAGUCCCCAUUUGUUGACGAUGACUCCUGGUCGGAUUUAUCUGAAGUGACCGCAGGUUCAAAUGAAGAGCGCCUUGAAAAAGGCACUACUGAGCCCGACUGCUUCGUGCUCACUGAAGGUGGAAAAGACCAAGACGCAAAGCUGAGCAACACUUUAAAGCUUCUGAAGGACACCAACUACUUGUCUCAGGACUGGAAGAAAACCAUUGCCGCCUUGCAAUUGAGAUUGUCCGAGAUGAUACAGCAAAAUAAUCAGCUGAAUGGCGUUAUCCAGAAGCUGAAAACCCAACUGGAAGAAAAUACGGCGAAAAACCAAGCACAGAAUGACCGCAAUGUUGCCCUAUUUGAAAGCCAGUACAAUCAAGAAAUGGCCAAACUAACGGAGACCCAUGAGAAAGCAGUGCUUGACAUGCAAAAGUCCUUGGAGGCGGAAUAUGAGCAAAAACGAAAAACACUCUCCAGUAUGUUCGAAGAACAAAUAUUGAGCAUCAAGACCGAACAUGAGGAAGUUCUGUACAGGAAGGACAGCGAAAUUUGCAGAUUGUCUGAAAUUAUCCAAAGCCAGUGCCUAAGGAUCAUGAAUGAACUAUCUACGAUAAAAAACCAAGUUUCCAGCUGCUCUUGCGACAAAAAAAUUCAUGUACUCAAAAAGUGCGUGUCAAAAAUGGACAAAGUCUUCCAAAGAACUGAAAAAGAGUAUUUAAAGCAAAUCGAACAAUUGAAGCAGGAGUUGGAGCUGAAAGACAGUGCUUUACAGGUGCAAUUGAAGGUGCAAAAGGCCGAGCUGAUUGCACAAACGAGAACCGGACAAAAGGAGGAAUUUGAGGAAAUUUUAAACGGACUGGAAGUGAAGUACAUCAAAAUGUUGGAGGCGCACGAACAGCAAAUAAUGAAAACCAAACUCCGGGACGAUAAAACCAUUGAGCACUUAAAAGAUCUGUUGGUCAAACAUGGAAUUGCUUAUCACGACAAUUAAUAGAUGAAAUUUGGGAAAUUGAA